AUGCAGACGACAUCGGUCGCGAGUUUGCUCGCGCGACCCGUCGCCCAUCGCCCGCCCGCCGCCGAGGUGGCCGCGGUCGCGGCUCGUGGUGCCAAGGUCAGAAUCGUCAGCGCCCGUGCGCACAACCGCCGCCAGGGCCAAACUGCGCGCCGGGGUAACUCCGAUGCGUUCGCGCUCGUCGAUUCCCGCAUCCUCGGCGGCGCCCGGCUCGCGGUGACCGCUCCAUCCUCCCCUCGUAACCGACGCGUCGCCAUCCGCGUCGCGGCGAACUACAGCGAGUUCCCCGUCGCGGAGCGCCGCGCCGAGCUCCAGAAGAUGACCACAGCGCAGCUCAAGCCGAUGUGCAAGGGGAGCGGUCUCAAGGUGGGCGGCAAGAAGGGCGACCUCAUCGACAGGCUCCUCGAGCACGAGUUCGGAACCACCGACGACGAAGCGGACGUCGACCCGACCGCCGACAUCGUCGGUCUGGCCAAGGAGUGGCGCUCGGGGCGCGUCGUGUCCCCGACCAGCGGACUCUCCUUUGGCGAUCUCGACGCCCUGGAGAGGCUCGCCCUGGGCUCGUCUCCCGCGAGGGUGGACGAGCGAGGCGCGGACGAGGCGUACUUCGCGCAGAGCUACGAGGACGGAUCCCACGGCGGCUACGACGGGAGCGAUCGAACCGUGGGGUCCUCGGGCGCCGCCGCGAGGCUCGUGGGCCGGACGGGCGCCUUCGACGACGGCGGCGGGGCUGGUUGGGACGACUCGCGAUCCUCGUCGGGCGGCGACGGCUGGGACCGCGAUGGACGCGAGGACGACGAAACGCCGCAGACGCGGGACGUCGUCGAGCCCGAACCGAGGGAACCGACGAGGGAACAAAAGGCGGAGGCGGCCAAGAAGGCGGCGAGGACCGAGCGCGUGAGGCUGGGUAAGCGAAGCGCCAUCGUCACCGCGCUUCGAGAUUUGGCCACCAGCAAGGACGGGUUCGAGUCUGACCCGAGGGUGCACCUCGAGGCCGUCUCCCGCGCCAUAGACCGCGCGUAUCGAAAGCUCCGGUACUCCGCGUUCGCCGAGAUGGACCCGCGCGGCCGCGACGUCUGCGUCGACAUCAACGUCGCCGAGGGCACCGUGGCUGUGCUCGCGCAGCGAAUAGGCCGAGGAGGCACCGUGGAAUGGGAAACGGACGACACCGACGCCUUCCUCGAGGCGUACGGAAAGCGCCACAUGAUCCGCAAGAUCGCGCACAUGUACACCGAGGAGCUCAACGAGCAGGUAAGCGCGGUCGCGGCCGAUUCCUACCGCGCCAAGCGGGGUCAGAUGGUGGAGUGUACCGUCGUCGCGGAGGGCCGCCGGGGCGAGUACCUCUUGCGGCUCGACGACGGGGCGAUGGCGUGCCUGCCGGAGGAGGAGUCCAUCCCGGGUAAGAAGUACUCGCAGGGCGAACGCGUGUGCGCGCUGGUGAUGGAGGUGGAGGACAGGACGUGGGCAGCGGACCGAAGGGCGCCGGUGAUUGUCUCCACGGCAAUCGCCGGUUUACUGGCGGAGGUUCUAGCCGCCGAGGUGCCGGAGGUUGCCAGGGGCGACGUGGUGAUCAAAUCCGUCGCGAGGGUCAGCGGCAAGAUGAGCAAGGUGGCGGUCGCGAGGCAGGAGGGCGCGGAAAAGGUUUUCGAUCCCGUGCUCGCGUGCGUCGGCGUCGAGAACAGCAGGCUGCGCGCCAUUCGCGAGCGACUGGGCGGCGAGGUUUGCCAGAUUCUCACCUGGUCCGACAACCGCGAGGACAUGGUCGCCGAGGCUCUCUUCCCCGCGGCCGUGCACAGGGUGGUGAAGGCGGAGGAGGACGACAUGGAUGGACGCGCACUGGACAAGUUCAUCGCCUACGUGUCGCGGUUCGACGAGGCCAAGGCCAUCGGCGCCGGGGGAGUCAACGUAAAGUUGGCGGCUGCCUUGACCGGAUGCUUCAUUCUCAUCGAGCGGCACGAGGAGGGCGGCGGCGCCGGCGGCGGGUGGGGCGACCAGCGCGCGAACAGCCGCGGCGGGGACACUAGGGACACCACCGGCGGGUGGACCGCGGCGGGCGGGCGGAAUUGGAACGAGCCCAAGGGUGGGGGAUGGGACGAUGACGAGGACGCCGGGGGUUGGAACGACGCGUCGUGGAAAGACGAUGCGUGGAAAGACGACGGGUGGAAAGACGAGCAGCCUUCAACGCCCGGGCGGCGGGGUGGCGCGGUCGACAUCGACCCCAACAGCAUGGAGUUCCUGGACCCCGAAACCUUCGGCCUGCCCGAGGGUUCGGCGAAGCAGUCGACGAACCAGUCGCGAUUCGGGGACCUGCUCGCGCGCGGCAAACCCGAGGUUGACGACCUCGGAUGGCCCGACCUGGACCCGUUGCCCUCCGACGUUUCCGACGGCGACGACGUCGGCUGGCCCGACCUCGACCCGCUCGCGCCGAUGGAGAGCAACAUCGACGACUCCCUCGAGGAUUACCUCGCGGGAACGCCCCCGCCCGCCGGGGCUCGCGACGGGGACGACUCGUUCGAUCCCAGGGACGACGCAGACAACUGGGAGGAGGUUGGCCCGGGCAAGGCGGGGGUCGUGACGUUCGGAGCGUCGGGCGCGGGGGUGGGCGGCGCGGCGACGUUCAUGGGAGACGGACCCGGCGCGGGCGGUGGCUGGGACGACGGCUUCGAGGAGGACGACGCGCCGGUAUCCUGGAACUGA